GCAUUGAGAAGUACCCAACAAUCUCAUAACCCUAUCUACAUAUCAGUGGGCCACAAGACAGGACUGGAGACAGCAGUGAGACUUGCACAUGCCUGCUGUCAGUACAGAAUACCUGAACCUAUCAGACAAGCAGAUAUCAGAUCUAGAGCAUACAUCAAAGAGCAUAUCGCUAAAGAAUUGGAAACAUGUUCCUGCAGGCUACAAAAUGAUGAAAGUAAUCUCCUGAAAGAGGAAGAUGAUAGAAAAAAGGAAGGGCAAGAUCUAGUACACGAGACCUGCCAGAAUUUUGAUCAACUUAACCUUAGUUAAUUAACAAAUAGAUUCCAUGUUGUCGUAUGUUUGUUUAGUGAUAGAACACGGAUGAUGUUUAAAUGGUAAGAAAAAACAUGUUGCAAAGAAUAAGCAACCUAGGAGAGAUGGCUAAAAGAAGUUAAUUCAUCAUACAAGGUUCCUCUUUUUUAACUGUAUCAAGGUUGGAAUAUUCAGAAUGUUUUUGUGAAACUGAAUCUGAGCUGUAAUAACUUUUAUGAGCACAUUGUAGUAAUAACAUUUCAUCAAUUUUUAAGCAUUUUAAACAUACCUCUUUAAUACACUGCCUACUUUAAUCAAGAGAUGACAAAGGGUAUUUGUACAUCUUGUAAAUAGUUUUAUAAA